ACCUACGGCUAACUGGAUUUGAUUUAUAAGAAGUAAAUGGCAGUUCUUCUGAUAUUGCUACUAUGGAAAACAGUAUUGUCAAUAGAAUGUAGCCUGAUAAAUAGUGCUUAGUGAAGAUGCUGCUUCAGUGAGUGCGAAAUCAAUGGAAGAUUCUUACUGCGUGAAAACCCUUCUGAGAUUUUCCUGGCAGGAUCACAUUUAACAAACCUGAUACAUUUCCUUCAAUUCGAAGUGGAUACAAAUAAUAUUGCUUUCCUUUGCAACUAAUGUGGGACUAUGGCAUUUCCAAAGUCCAAUCGGCUGAACUGUUUAUGGAGAAUUGCAAGGUUGCGCCUGCUACCUAUGGGAUUGGAUGUCAUGUUUCCUUUAUGCAUAUUUGGAUUUCUGCUUCAUAUUACAACCGUAUACUCGCAAAAACUGGAUGAUGUGGACCCAAUAGUUGCAACGACUUAUGGCAAAGUACGAGGCAUUAAGAAGGAACUAAAUAAUGAAAUACUAGGACCUGUUAUUCAGUUCCUUGGUGUUCCUUAUGCUGCUCCUCCAGUAGGGGAGCACCGUUUCCAGCCACCAGAGCCUCCAACAACCUGGGGAGAUAUAAAAAAUUCCACCCAGUUUGCACCGGUCUGUCCCCAAAACAUUGUAGGAGGCAGGCUUCCUGAAGUUAUGCUUCCUGUUUGGUUCUCCAACAACCUGGAUGUAGUUUCUUCCUACGUGCAAGACCAGAAUGAGGACUGCCUGUAUUUAAAUAUAUAUGUUCCAACUGAGGAUGGUCCCCUUACAAAGAAACAGACAGAUGAUUUAGGUGAUAAUGAAGGUGCUGAAGAUGAAGACAUCAGAGAUAGUGGAGGUCCCAAGCCUGUGAUGGUCUAUAUUCAUGGUGGUUCCUAUAUGGAAGGCACUGGUAAUUUGUUUGAUGGAAGUGUCCUAGCAAGUUAUGGAAAUGUUAUAGUCAUCACCGUAAACUAUCGCCUUGGGGUGCUUGGUUUCCUGAGCACCGGUGAUCAAGCAGCAAAGGGAAACUAUGGCCUUCUUGAUCUCAUUCAAGCCUUACGUUGGACUAGUGAGAACAUUGGAUUCUUUGGUGGUGAUCCUUUAAGAAUAACAGUUUUUGGAUCUGGUGCUGGUGCAUCAUGUGUCAAUCUGUUGACUUUGUCCCAUUAUUCAGAAGGUAACCGUUGGAGCAAUUCAACCAAAGGUCUUUUUCAAAGGGCAAUUGCACAAAGUGGAACUGCCCUGUCCAGUUGGGCAGUUAGCUUUCAGCCUGCCAAAUAUGCCCGGAUUUUAGCAACUAAAGUUGGAUGCAACAUGACUGAUACUGUAGAACUUAUAGAAUGUCUACAGAAAAAGCCUUAUAGAGAACUUGUGGACCAAGACAUACAGCCAGCAAGGUAUCACAUAGCCUUUGGACCAGUAAUAGAUGGUGAUGUAAUUCCUGAUGAUCCUCAGAUUCUAAUGGAACAAGGCGAGUUUCUUAAUUAUGAUAUCAUGUUGGGUGUGAACCAAGGAGAAGGACUGAAAUUCGUGGAAAGUAUUGUAGACCAUGAGGAUGGCAUCUCUGCGAGUGACUUUGACUUUGCUGUUUCCAAUUUUGUUGAUAACUUAUAUGGAUAUACAGAAGGAAAGGAUAUAAUGAGGGAAACAAUCAAAUUUAUGUAUACCGAUUGGGCAGAUCGACACAAUCCUGAAACGAGAAGGAAAACAUUGUUGGCGUUAUUCACUGACCAUCAGUGGGUUGCACCAGCAGUUGCAACUGCAGAUCUGCACUCAAACUUUGGUUCUCCCACAUAUUUUUAUGCCUUUUACCAUCAUUGCCAAUCAGAUCAAGUGCCUGCUUGGGCAGACGCAUCCCAUGGGGAUGAGGUUCCGUAUGUAUUCGGAAUUCCUAUGAUUGGACCUACAGAGUUAUUCCCAUGUAAUUUCUCCAAAAAUGAUGUCAUGCUAAGUGCAGUAGUAAUGACAUAUUGGACAAAUUUUGCUAAAACUGGGGACCCAAAUCAACCCGUUCCACAAGACACAAAAUUCAUCCACACAAAGCCAAAUCGUUUUGAAGAAGUUGCGUGGACUAGAUAUUCACAAAAGGACCAACUUUAUCUCCACAUUGGAUUAAAACCCAGAGUUAAGGAACAUUAUAGGGCUAAUAAAGUAAACCUUUGGCUAGAACUUGUUCCACAUCUUCAUGUGAUUAAUGACCUCACCACAACUAAAGGGCCAUCUACAGAUAUCACUUCUAGACCAACAAGGAAAAUCCUUGUACCUGUAACUUCAGCCUUUCCAACAAUUAAUGAAGAUAACUUCAAACAACAGCCUAGUCCAUUUUCAUUGGAAAGAGACUAUUCUACUGAGUUAAGCGUCACUAUUGCUGUUGGAGCAUCUCUACUUUUCCUUAAUAUUUUGGCAUUUGCUGCAUUAUAUUACAAAAAGGAUAAAAGGAGACAUGAUGUGCAUAGGAGAUGUAGUCCUCAGCGCAACACUACAAAUGACAUAGCCCAUGCACAAGAAGAAGAAAUUAUGUCUCUGCAAAUGAAGCACACAGACUUGGACCAUGAAUGUGAAUCUAUCCAUCCCCACGAGGUUGUUCUUCGAAAUGCCUGUCCUCCAGACUACACACUAGCAAUGCGAAGAUCCCCAGAUGAUAUUCCCCUAAUGACCCCUAAUACUAUAACAAUGAUUCCUAACACUAUACCAGGGAUUCAGCCCAUACAUGCCUUCAAUACUUAUACUGCAGGACAAAAUAACACACUUCCUCAUCCCCAUCCACACCCACAUCCGCAUCCACAUUCACAUUCUACAACCAGAGUAUAGCCAGACUAAAUGGAAUACAGACUUUAUUUUUGAUGUAUUACAGUAGUUGACCUUAUUGGAAAUUUAUUGGAUUUUCAACCCCACAGAACUUGCAUUAUUUAAAGAUGGAGGAUUACAAUGUGCAUACUGCACAUACAUAUCAAAAACAUUUGGAAAUUUUGGAAAAAAAAUGUAAAUAAUCAAAAUGGACAACAGCAGCAAUUGAAAUAAUUGUUGUGAAUGAUAGUGUUUUUUUAAUUCAUAUUCAACUUUUUUUAGGUUUUAAGUUACAAAUUGGCUUUAGGCAUGUGCUACAAAAAAGAGAGGACAAAGACUUAAAAUGUAUUUAUAUGCACAAGGGACUCACACAUGGAAUGUCUGAUA